CUGAAAGUGCUGUGUGAAUGCUGAUUGGCUGGGACACUGUACUUAUCUUCUGUGUUAUGGAAAGCCUGGAGCUAAAAGUCUUUUGUUUGUUUAUAAUUAGUGUUUUCUACUAAAGAGUAUUAGGACCAGGAAUAAGAAGAAAGAAAUGAUGAGGAAGAUUUUCUAUUUCUUUUUUUACAUUUUGAGAACAAAGUCAAAAUGUCGAGAAUGAAGUCAUACAUUUUGACCCGGAAGCACCUUUCAGCACCAAACAACCGGAUGUUGAUGUUUUGCUAGCCAGUUUGCUAAGCUAACGCUAUCUGCUAACCAAGUUGUAAAGUUGGGAUAUUAUUAUUGACAGGCCGAAUCUGGAAGAGAUGACGAGGGACAACGGGUGUUUGCACAUGAACGUCGACGUGCGUCCUGACACGAGAACGUUCGGCUGCAAACAACCGUUAAUGAAUGUCGAGAGGCGCGCAGUUACCGAAGCUAGCGUAGCUUUGCUAACGUUAGAUAACGUGGACGCGUGACGGUUGAACUGGAACCACGACACGGACGUUUAGGACUAUUUCAGCUUUUAAUAUCUAAAUAAAUAUAAAAAAUCUUCCCCCUCUUCUAAGUAAUACGUGUCAAAAUAUAUAAAUUAAAAAUUGUCUGAAUACAUUGAGUUGAGAGAGACCGCGGGAAUACAAUUACGCUUCUAUGAAGAACCAACACCAGUUCAGACAGAAUCUGAAUUUCACCAUUGUGUCCGCGUCACGUGGCAACAUGUAACCAAUCAGUGAGCAGAGCCUGGUCUCCCCCGUUGGCCCCGCCUCCUCAGGAUCUGCCAACUUUCUGAAACGGGACUCAAACCUUCUCCCUCCGCUCAGAGCCGAUCUGUCAUCGAUGGCACUUGUUCACUGACGAGUUCACGGACGGUCUGGAGUGAGAAGUUAAAGUCGGGUUCUCCUCUUCUCACCUGCUCCGACUCGGAAGUGCAGUUUUGUCGAGAGCAGGUCUCACCUGGAGGCAGCAUGGAGCAGGACAGUAAACGACUGGUGGUGGUGGUACCGGGCGAAGUGUCGGCCCCCCGGGGCCGGGCGUUCAGCAGCGAGGACGAGGCGUGGAGGAGCUACCUGGAGAACCCGCUGACCGCCGCCACGAAGGCCAUGAUGAGCAUCAACGGGGAUGAGGACAGUGCGGCGGCUCUGGGGCUGCUCUACGACUACUACAAGGUUCCCAGAGAGAGGAGACCUGCGGCCGGUGGUGUCAAACCCACAGACGCCUCUGCUCUCGGGCCCAACAACUUUGGGAACCUGGAAGUACUCGAUCACCAUCUUCAGGCUCUGGGCUGCAUGCCCGUGAACCUCUCUCUGAACCACGGCGCCGCCGCACAACACCAGGGCUCCAAGCACGGGGCCGCUGGCCUCCUGGCAGGAGGCGCCGGAGGAGGAGAGGGUAAAAGCGAGGGUGGGGCGGCAGCUCUCGCUCUGGUCAAGACGGAGGGCCAGACGUCCACGCACGUGUCCUCCUGUGGAGGUUCCUAUCCAGCAGACACCAGAGACCAGAUGAGGAUGGUUUACGAACAGAGCUGCUACGAUUUGUCCCUGGCCGGGUUCCUGAAAGACGAACAGAGAAGCACUCCAGACAGCACGUAUGACGACGCUGUGGAAGAAGAGAUGUACCACAGAAGUCCUUCGUCAGGGGCUGACGACCUCCUCAGUAGUCGACCGGCCGACGGUUUCCAGUACAAUCUCGACGCCAGCACGUCGCUGCGGCAGGGAGCGCCCAUGGCCUACCUGAACCGGGGCCAGUUCUACGCCCUGGCGCUGUCCGAGGCCGCGUUCAGUUCCUCCCUACGUCAGCCCAGGGGCCGAGUGCGGAGUGUUAUCAUGGUUGUCUUUGAGGAAGACAAGUGCAGGGACGAGCAGCUGAAGAAUUGGAAAUACUGGCACUCCCGUCAGCACACGGCCAAACAAAGAGUCCUGGACAUCGCCGACUACAAGGAGAGCUUGAGCACCAUCGGGAACGUGGAGGAGAUCGCCUACAAUGCCGUCUCUUUCACGUGGGACAUGAGCGAGGAAGCCAAGGUCUUCAUCUCGGUGAACUGUCUGAGCACCGACUUCUCCUCGCAGAAGGGCGUGAAGGGGACGCCGCUCACCAUCCAGAUCGACACCUUCAGCUACAACAGCUGCAGCAGCAGACCCAUCCACAGGGCCUUCUCUCAGAUCAAGGUGUUCUGCGACAAGGGUGCUGAGAGGAAGCUCCGAGAUGAGGAGAAAAAAAAUCUCAGAAAGAGGACGAAGGGGAAAAAUGGCAGCUCGGGUCCAACCUCUGCCGCUCAGAAGACCGACGGCACGCUGUUCAAGACCAUGAGGGACCUGGACUCCCAGCCGGUCCUCUUCAUCCCCGACGUCCACUUUGGAAACCUGCAGAGAGCAGGACAGGUGUUUGCUAUUAACACCGAGGAGGUGGACAGAAAUGGGAGUGUUCGGGUGAAGAGGGUGUCCUGCGCCGCCGAGGACGAUGUCCGUCCACCUCAACCCAAGAAGUCCAAAGUCGACCAUGGAAGGAAGGUUCUUCUAUACGUGAGGAAGGAGUGUGAUGAAGUGUUUGAUGCCCUAAUGCUGCAUACCCCAACUGUCAAAGGACUGAUGGCGGCAAUCUCAGAGAAAUACACGUUGCCUGUUAGCAAGAUGGCCAAAGUUUACCAGAAAAGCAAAAAAGGGGUGCUGGUGAACAUGGACGACAACAUUGUCCAGCAUUACUCCAACGAGGACACCUUCACGCUGGCCAUCGAGAGCUCGGCCGGCUCCCUGCGCGUGACUCUGUCAGAGAUCUGACGGGUCGUCGGGUCACAGCGCCGCACUCGUCACGGUCAUCACACCGCCAGAGAGACGCGGGCUCGUGUGGCAAAAUGGCGAAUAUCUGGAAAAGCAGCAUUAGAUGACGGCGCCAUCUUCAUGGUGGUUGGUACGUGUUUGCUCGACAACCGGCUGUAGGAUUUCUUGCACUAAGAAGACGGGCUGAAUGUUGGAAACUCACCGAGUCUUCGCAAGCUUCACUGCCUGACAGCUUUGAGACGGGAUCACCAUUAGGGAUCUGUCCUGCGGCCUUGGACGUGGUUUCACAGGAAGAAGACGGUGCAGCGUUGCAAUACGGUCUUAUUGGAUUAACAGCGGCGACUGUGGUUCCUCUUGUGGCCUCUGCUGCUCUUCCUCUUAUUACGUCCUCCGGCGGCAGGAAGCUUCUAAAUGACUCGAUCAGAGCGGGUUCAUCCCACGUGUUUUUGCAGUUCAAGGUAACGGCUAAUUGUUUUGUAUGUAUAUAAUUAUUUGUGGACUUCAAAUUGCUUCCAAUGAAAUGAGAAAUAAGGUCUAUAACUACCCGAGGCCUCAUUGUGGAACAAGGCUGCCGUCUGCAGGAGGCUGUGAAACGCUUGUGCUUCCUCUGCAGAAUUCAUGACGUCAGUUUGAUUCACCGACAGCUUCCGCAACCCUUCGUAUGCUUCAUGCACUGUGAUGUACAGUCUUUUAAAUGAGCCAAUAAAAUCCAGUUUUAUAUGUA